AUGUUAUAUUCUCUGAAUUCUAACUUGGAAAACAAUCCUCUAAUCAAAUCCUCUACUCACGCCAUGGAAAUGGAUUCCGAUGCUUCGAAGGGACAAGAGUCGAAGCAGAUCAGAGACGAAGAACUAUUCAAAGCGGCGGAAUCUGGCGAUUCGUCGGUGUUCAUGUCUUUAUCUCCUCAACAGCUCGCAAAAUCUCUGAGUUUCAGAAACGAAGACGGUCGCUCUCUCCUCCAUGUCUCAGCUUCGUUUGGCCAUUCCGAGGUAGUCAAGUUGUUAUCAAGUUUAGAUGACUCAAAGACUGUAAAAAACAGUAAAGAUGAUGAAGGAUGGGCUCCUUUGCAUUCUGCUGCUAGCAUCGGCAAUGCUGAGCUUGUUGAACUGUUAUUGACUAGAGGUGCUGAUGUAAAUUCCAAAAACAACGGUGGUCGCACUGCUCUUCACUAUGCUGCUAGCAAAGGAAAGUUGGAAAUUGCUCAGCUUUUACUAACACACGGUGCAAAGAUUAACAUCACAGACAAUGUUGGUUGCACUCCGCUUCACAGGGCAGCAAGCACGGGAAAAUCUGAACUUUGUGAAUUUCUGAUUGAGGAAGGAGCAGAGAUCGAUGCUACGGAUAAAAUGGGCCAAACUCCACUCAUGCAUUCAGUGAUUUGCGAUGACAGACAGGUUGCGUUUCUGCUUGUAAGACAUGGUGCAGAUGUCGAUGUAGAAGACAAAGAAGGCUACACUGUUCUAGGCCGAGCUUCUAGCGAUUUUCGACCAGCACUUAUCGAUGCUGCUAAGGCUAUAAGUCAUUUACCCUCCUCACAAAAAAAUCUAGAGGCAAAAAUGAUGCAAACAAAAAUCUCGACUUUCUCUCGACCAAGCUUCGGUCUCCAUGAAACAAGACUAGUUCAUCAUCAUCCUCGUAUCUCCAUGGCUCUAAGCUCCUCUUCCUCCUCGUCAUCGUCAUCAUCACAACCUUUUCACCAUCUUCUCUGCAAGUCCACCUUCCCUCUCGCUGCCUCACUCACCCUCCUCCUGUCUCCUUGUUCCGCUGAAGCAGGCUUAAUGUCUGGAAGUCCCGGUAUAGAAUCAAUUCCCGGUCCCGAAUUGCCCAAGCUCGAAUUCCUUGAUCGUUUCAAUGCGAAAAACCAGAAGUUCUACGCUGAAAACGAUUCCAGAUUCAAAGAAUCUCCACUUCUCAAGAAGCUACUCGAGAAUUCCAAACUAAACAAAGAGAAGAAUGAAAGAGAGAUUCAAGACAAAUAUUGUCUAAGAGGAGCAGAAUGGGGAGUAGGAGAUUGUUCUACCAAUGGAAUGACAGAUGAGGAGAAAGAAAAAUUCAUCACAAUGUUGAAAGAGAAGACUGGAGUUAAAUAAAAAAACAAAAUUCGAAAUUAUGUAUUUUUUGAAUAAAAUGCUUUCUAGAGAAUGAGAGAGAGAGAAUCUAUGCUAAUGUGAAGUUUAUCAAAUUUUCAUACCGAAUCCAACAGGGCAAAAACAGGACAACACACAAACGUGAAAGACAUCAAAUCAUUUACGGGAGAUCCAAUAUUUUGAGAUCCAUAAGAGAAAGUGAAGCAAUCUCAUUCAUAACCAACAACUUGUCAGCUUCAAACCCUUCAUCUUCUUUCUCAGGUCUCAAAUCAGCAAACAAACGAAGAAUCUUGUUCCGAUUCGCGACAAGAAUCGCCACAAUGUCCUCUGGUUUGUUCUUGUUAGCCACAAACAGCUUGAAGACGUGGAAAGCUUCAAGCUGAAUGUUCUUGGUCGGUUCUCUGAGCAGAUUCAUCAUGACUCUCAGAUUCUCCAAGCUGCUCACGUACUUCACCAUCACACCCGAGUUCGAACGAUCCAUCAACACAUCUCCCAAAAGCUUCGACGCUUGUCUCUUCGUGAAGUAGCUCCCUUUCUCAAGCAACCUCGUGUUGUACUUCCCGAAGAACCACUCGUGGUUCUUGGAAAGAUACUCAGCGACAGUCGACUUGUGCCUCGUCAGAAGCUCCCUGAAGAUCUUGCUCGCGUCCGUCGCAACGUCGAAGUAAGGAAGCUGAACGUAAUCGAAGAACUUCUCAAGGUUCUUCGUCUCGAGGAUGUAUUUCGCAACGACCUGGUGACGAACACAUUCUUUAAGCAUCCCCGUGUAGUGCAGAGCCAGCUCGUGGUCUUCGUUGAUUCCUUCGACCAGCGAGUCGAUCACAUCUAAAUUCGACUCGAGAUACUCAGAGGCGACGAGACGACACCCGACUUGCUGUUUCUGCAGGUUCGCCACGAUCUGCGUCGCGUCUUUCCUCGCUUCGAGGUCGAGUUUGGGAAGAGACUUGAUCAGCGGACGAAGAGUGUCUUCUCUGAAAAACUCUUGUGUUAAACAGAGACAAGCUUCAGGGACAGGCUCUGCUUCGCUGUUCCCGUAUAGGAUCGAUUUCAGAUCCCUGAUGCUUCUGCACAAUUCAGCGCGAACCCCUAAUCGUUUCGAGCUUCUCGCGUCGGUUUCUUCUUCUUCGUUCUCGGCUAAGGAGAUGAGAUCUCGGGUCUGGCGAACGAUUUCGCCGGGAGAACGAGGCUUGUGCUUGAAGAGACCUUUCAUCCUCGUGCUCCCAUGGUUGCCGAGGUUUCCGCUGAAAGUGCUUAGCCUUCCGCUGAAUGUAAUGCUGACUUCUUCGUCGGUUGAUCCGACGCGUAGAUGGCUCCUGGUACGGUGGUGCUUUGACGACGGAGCUAUGUAGGAGCCUCCGUGCCGCCAAGCACCACCGAUCUUGGAGACACACGCACCUAUUUUGUUUUCCCCUUUAUUUUUUUACCGCAAUCCAAAAAAAACAGAGUUUUUCAAAAAAAGCAUACAAAUCUCUCUCUUUCUCUCUGUCUUUGUAGGGUUUCUUCAAAGCUUUUUCAGGGGUUUCGCUGUUAAUUUCAACAUCAUUUCUUCUCUGAGAUCUUCAAAAAAAAAUGAAGAAGAAGAAAGAGACAACCCUAAAAAUGGGGUCUUGAU